AUGUUCGAAAGCAUGUGCAAUGGGUUCUGGAAAUCACGUCAUUCACACAAUGCAAACAAGCUACGAGUCUUUAUUAACGUGUAUGAUAUGCUUGAGCCGAGUCUUCUCACCAACAUUGGAGAUACGCUUGGGGUUGGGAUCUAUCAUUCUGGUGUGGAAGUAGCAGGACGUGAAUACUGCUUUGGUGGCCAUGAAUACGAGAAUCUCACAGGUGUUUUUGCUGUUGAGCCCAAGAUCGGUCCUCCAGGUGUUUUGUUCAAACAAUCCAUCUCUAUGGGAUGCACCGAUCUAAGCGAAGCCCAAGUCAAAGAAGUGUUACAUGAAAUAUCCCACGAAUUUGUUGGCACAUCUUACAACCUAUUGACGAGGAAUUGCAAUCAUUUCACCCAUGAGCUAUGCAAGAAGCUUACCAACAAAGGAGCACCAGGAUGGAUCAAUCGUGCAGCUAAGCUAGGUACCAUGUUCCCUUGCGUCAUUCCCGAUGAAUGGAUCGAACCUCCCGAAUAUGAAGCUGAAAACAGCACUACUGUACAGUCUCCCACAUCCGUCGACAGUAACAGCCACCCUGUAUCACCUGCAAUGUCCUACACUUCUCGUACGCCAUUGAAGCCUGUUCAAAAUAAUCGACACUGCAAGCAUCGUGAUCCAUCAAGUCAACCAAGUAGUCCCACUCGUAUGCAAAGCAGUAACAGCAGCAGCAGACCUACCUCUCGCCAUUCAUUGGAUGCUCGACAUUAUCAACAAUAUCGACGUGGAUCAGGUGCUGCAAGUCGACGUCCUUCUGGUUCCGAUCAUGAUAGCAUUGUUCUCGCACGUCCUUCUUCACCCUUUGCCAAUGAUGAUUAUAACAUGGAUGAUCCUGUCAAAGAGCCCGAUAGCUGUCGACCUGAAGUCAUGAGAUCCGUCACUCAGCUUUCCAUUAGUGCAUCCCUGCAAGACCUCGAUCGACCUGUUAGCCCAAGAUCACCCCAUUCUCCUGUAUAG